AUGUCGACGAUUCAUAAUAAACCAUUCAAAAAACUUGAAUCUUUUCUAUCCAUUGAACUAGAUAAAAUUUCACGAUUGAACACUGAGAGUAAGUAUUUAUUUCAAUUUUUUCACAAAAAUUUUAUUGGUAGUUUAAACAAAUUUCUAUUCUGGAAAUAAAACCACAAGCAAUUUUUUGAACCAUCAAUUUUUUUCACCAAAAUGUUUAUGAAACAGUAAAAUGUAAACAAUUAUAACACUUCAUUAAACGUUUCAUUUUUGUUGGUAAAUGGUGUCUAAUAAACUGCAUAAGUUAUCUCAUGGUCUCCAACAUGAUAUUCAUCACGAGUUAACAAUAGCAACUCAACUUCAACAUCGUCUUAGUAAGUUCAAUCAAUUUUGAUAUGCAUUCAUAUUCAAAGCAUUUCGCAGAAGUAAAGAAUAAUUUUAAUUAAACUGGGAAUUACAGAUAACAGAAACAAUUAUCGGACAGGAAGAUAACGUAUCCUUUCCUCGUGUUCAACGAACAAGACUUUUACCAGUAAACUUCCGAUUUUUUUGGGACACUUGAUAGUUUAGUGAAUAUGUAGUUUAGUGGUAGAACUCUGUCCGGAAAACCAACCUCAAGGGUUCAAUCCCAUCUUUUACCAAUCAAUUUUGUCAUCUAUUCUCUUUAGUUUUCAAAUAAUUCCUGAUUUUAAAAAAAUUGACAAAAAAUAGCCCUAAAAAUCGAAGAAAAACAACAAUUUGAAUUCCCCCUAUAACAUGAGUGUCCUGAAAGGGAAGCGCUUUGAGACCCAUUGUUACUAAACAACAGGCAGAAUUGCUCGGAGUGUCGUUUACACAUUCAAUCAAUAUAUUUAUUUUUAAUUUUAUGAUAAAAAACAGUUUUUCGAAGUUAAAUUAGAUAUAAUUUCAGAUAAUGAGACAAUUGAGCAACCAUUUUUCGAUAGAUUGCAAGCGCCACUUUAUUUAUUUGGAUUUUUUGUCAUUGUUGGGUUUGUGAUUGGAUAUGUUCAAUUUCAAAUGUGAGUGAUUUUUUAUAAAAUUUGAAAAAAUGAUUUUUCUUUCAUAUCUUUUUUUUAGAAGAAUGAGAAAACACCGAUUGGCGCAUAAUAAUUCCAAAAAACCAGAAGAACCAGUCAGUGAAACAACAGUCGUUGAAAUGGAAUAA